AUGCAGCCGCGACAGCCUCCAGCUGCUGCUCUUCGGUUGGCCAUACUGCGGAUCUGCCAGCAGGAUGGAGUUGCUUACGCCGAGACUGCAGCUUUGGACGGGCUUUCGGGAGCUGCCUCCUGCUUCCUGCAGGACUUGGCUUGGCAUGCCAGGCGCCAUGCAGAACUAGCAAGGCGGUCAAAAGUGGUUCGGACAGAUGCCAUGGAAGCGGCACGUGGCGUGCGGCUUGGAAAAGACUUGCAAGGUGUCGCUGAGGACGAGGAAGAGUCAGCGGGAUGGGCGGGGCCAGGUGAGCUCAAAGCGGAGAACAGCGAAAGCUCAGGUGCUGGAAAUGCCUGGUGUUCCCAAUCUCAAGAGUUCCAAGGGGAAGAGCUAGAAGCCAAACCGGCUUUAAGGCGCAAAAGACAGAGGAUAGUUGCUGACUCGGAGACAAGCAGGUUCACGAGCUUGUGCGAAGCUAUGCAGAGUGGAAAACACUGUGGGAUAUGGGGUUUGCCCCACAAAGAAAGAUUCGCAGGCUUUGGUGGUUAG